AUGAAAAGAUCAAAGAUGGAAAGAUCAGAGAUGGAAAGAAAAUGUUGGAUAAAACUGGCAAGAAUAAGGAAAAAUUUAUUGGAAAUAAGAUCAAAGAAAAUUCGCAUACUUCAGAUAAUAAGAAACAAAAUAAUAGAAUGUCAACCAAAACAAAACCGUCUUUUGAUGAUUCACAAAAUAAAAUUGAAAAGGAUGAAAAGAAAAUAAAGGAAAUGAAUGUGAAUGAAGAGGUAAAUAGUAAAGGAAAAAACAUUCAGUUGAGGAAAAUAUUAUGGAAACUCCUCAAGGUAAAUUAUUUAAUCAAAGAUUAAAAACAGAAAACGGUGUGGAUAUUGGUAUGGUUAAUAAGAUAAUUGAUGAGAAGUCAAAUGAAUAUUUGAUCAAGAUCCAGUCACUAGAGCUAGCUGUAACAAAAUUGGAGAAACAACUGCUAACAGGACAGCUGAGCAGAAGUAAUGACCUGUUGUCAUUAGCUCAACUUGAAAGCCAGAUUCUUCAUUUACAGACAAAAUUAAUGAAACUCAAUCAGACAUUCAUCAAGCUUCAACAAGAGAACCAAGUUUUGAAACAUGGUCAACAGAAAAUCUUCGAACUCCGACAACAGAACGAGAGACAAUUGACGAGUAACUUUGAUGUGAAUAAUAAGAUUCACAACCAGAAUAAUUUAAUCAAACAACAACAAAAAAGUGUUGCUGAUUUGUCUCAUUUGAUACAAAAUCAAUCAAAUCUUCUUAGUAAAUUAACUCAUCGACAAGAACAGGUAGAAGAAGAAAACAGAAUACUUCAUCAAGUUGUUAUGAACCAGUCUUUAUAUAUUUCCCAUGUCUUGAAGACGGUUCAUGUGUUGACCAAUCAGAUGCAAGAAGAACGUAUUCAGGAAAGUUCUAAGAAAUUUAACAUGUUUCCAGUUCAAUUAAUUAAAAAGUUAGAAUCAUUGAUAUCUGACAGGCAAAUAGUUAAAAGUGAGAAAACAGAAAAACAUGUCAAAAAGAAAGGGAAAUCGAGAAAUAUAACUUGUAAAAAACCUCAGAUUUCUGUGGGAAAAUAUUUUCAUGACAAACCAGUGGUAAAACAAAAUAGGUUAAAGUAUAGGUAUUUCACUCUUUUAUCGAAAUCCUGCCUCGUAUUUGAUAACAUAGAUAAACAAUCUUUGCCAAAUUUACCAGCAUCUUCAACUCAGUAUAAAUUAAACAAGAACGGAACCGUAAAUAAAACCAUUGCAAGAAAGAAACAGGAAACUCCAAAGAGCCCAACACUUCCACAAAAAAAUCAGUCGAGUAAAUUUAAAAUGCAGGAACCAAAAGUUAAAGAAACUGAAAAAAGCACUCAGAAUGUGAGAAAAAUAAAAGAUGAACCGAGUGUUAAAAUUAAGAAAGAAAAUGAUAUGAAGGUAAAAGAUGGGAAUUCAGAUGGAAAAAAUCAACAGCAAAGUCAUAAUUCUGAUAAAGUCAAGCCAAAAGUAGCUUCCCAUAGUAAAAAGGAAUCUGUUGAGGCCCCUGCUGGUCAGAAGCCAACAAAGGGUUCUGAGACUAAUAUGAAGAAUAAUAAAGAAGAAAAAGAAGGAAACAAGAAAAUGAACAAUAAAAACUUCGAACUGAAGGAACCACUCUAUGUUGAUACAAGACAGAGCGGACCAAAAGACUGCUAUGAUUUAUAUGUGAAAGGAAAUUCCAAGAAUGGUGUCCAUAAAAUAAAGCCUAUUGCUGCAUCGAAAUCCCUAGAUGUUUUCUGUGAUAUGAAAAACGGUGGCUGGACUGUAAUACAACGACGCCAAGGAGGAACGAUAAGCUUUAAGCGAGAUUGGAAUAGCUACAAAAAAGGCUUUGGAGGUAUUUAUGGAGAACACUGGCUUGGUAAUGACAACAUUCACUGGUUGACGAACCAAGGACAUUACAGUUUACGUGUGGAUUUGACGGACUGGGAAAAGAAUAAAGUAACAGCCAUUUAUGAAUAUUUUAUGAUAGAUGAUGAGAAAAAUGGCUACCGUUUACAUGUUGAUGGCUUCAGUGGUGAUAGCGGGGAUUCCUUGAGCAAGCAUAAUCUGAACAAAUUUUCAACAAAAGAUGUCGAUAAUGACUUAGUCACGAAACAGUUUGGUGGAAGCUGUGCAAAACGCUUCAGUGGUGCCUGGUGGUAUUACAAGUGUUACGCAUCAAAUCUGAAUGGAGUUUUCUAUCGUGAUGGCUCAGUAGCAGACAAAAAGUUUGAUGGAAUUGCUUGGAAAUCUUGGAAAAAAGCAAAUUAUUCACUAAUGAAAGUAGAAAUGAAGAUAAAACCAAAAACAAAGAUAAAGGAUUCAAAUAAAUAACUAUGGCGAUUUGGAUAAAAUUUCUGUAAAAAAAAAAAAAAGAAUCCUAUUUUAGUAUAUUGCAUUUCGUUUGUCACAGCCAUUCCAUAUUUUGUAACAUAACUAUAUCCCCUAAUCACAUCCAUGUUAUAUAUAUAUAUAUAUAGGGAGAGUUUAUGAAAAAAAACAAGACGAAGACAGGUGGUGUACAAAACAAACAGAUGUAUUAGUAUAACGCUCAGGAAUA